ACAAAGACAGACUCAAGGACUAAAAUAGAAACAAACAUUUAUGGAAAUAGUUUUAGGGGAUAGUCAUUGAAACAGCAGAUUAAGAUGUGCCAGGAACAAUACAUGAAUCUGGCAUAGUCACUGUUCCCUAAAACACAAACAGAAAACAGCUCCAAAUCUGGAUAAAAGGGAGUAAACUAUUCAACAGACAAUGAAACAAUUUGGCAAUCUGUAUUAUGAAAUAAAAAUAAUCUAGACAAGUCAAAAGAAAUUUUUUUUGACAGGAUUAUUGCAGUAAGGGAAGGAGGCUCUGGCGAUGUGGAAAACAACCCAGCCAUAGAGCUGCAAGCAUCUCACAGGCCACGAAGAAGGAACUGUCUUCACAGGAAGGAUCAACAAGGUUCUGCUGGAAAGAACAGUAAUGGACACAGCAGACUCCACGUCUGAUGAGGCCCUUGUCAGAGGCAAAAGUGGGCAAGAUCUCCAAGAGAUGCUGAGAGGAGUAGGACUGGCAGUUGAGUACUGGCUGCCAAAGCUGCAGGAACAGCUGGGUGUGACCUGUGCACAGGCCUUACAACACAUAGAAGAAAAAGACCUGCAGAAGCUGAAAUCCCAGGCACAACAUUCCUGGGAGAAAAGGGCUCUGGAGAAGCUACUUAACUCAAAUACGCUUUCAAAGUUACAGGAGUCUCAGGUGAAAGUGAUAAAGGAAGAACAGAAGAAGGCAGAACAGGCACUGCAGGAGCUAAGAGACUUGCUAUCAGAAGGGAGGCUACGACAAGAAGAGGAAGUAAGGAAAAAAGAGGAAGAGCUGAGGCAGGCAAUGGAGAUUCCCAAAGAGUACUGGCCACUGCCCGAAAAACCCUUAAAAGAAGUGAUGAAACACGUGCAGGGACAACUCAACCUCAUGGAGGCCACACUGUCUCACAGGCAAAACCUCCCAGAUAGAGAUCUCGUGAGAUGGGCUUCUGGAGGGCUGGCCCUGCAGGGAAUUUACAAAACCAGCUACCAAAUAGAGCUUAUACAGAAGAGAGAAGAACUACUCAGUGUCCCCAAGGAGUUCUUACUCUUUGGCCCUGAGCAUGGCACUCGGAUGGAAACCAGGGAAUUUACAUCUUCUCGAGAAGAAUCCCAGUUCACCCAGAUGACAGAGAAGCUGGGCUUCAGUGUAAUUGCCUCAGCCAAGGGCAGAGCUUGGGGAUUUAACUUCGAAGCUGGUAUGGACCACAGCAAACAUUCAGAAUCCAAGGAAAUGCAACAAGUACAUUCUGAGCACUCCUAUUUCUGCUCUACCAAGUUCAGCUAUGUCCCACUUGCCUCCUGCGCCUUUUCCAUGGAUCAGCUCCAGUUCUCCAAGGCUGCUCUCCAGGAACUGAAAUGCAUUGAAGACCUUCUGAGUCAGCCUGCAGACAUAGACAGACUCCCAUUGCUGAGGCGCAGGACUGAAGCGUUCUUCCAAAGGUUUGGCUCUCAUGCCAGCCAGGGCCCUCUGCACCUGGGAGGAAUCUACUGGUGGAAAGCAGUAUCAGAGGGUUUCCAAAGUGAGCAGCUGAAAGAAGUAAAACAGCAGUCAGCAGAGGCCCUGAAUGGUUACAUAAAGGGCAGCUACAGUGGCUUUGGAGUGAAAGUUGCUGCAGGUGUGGACGGGUCUGACUCUCAUUCAGAAACUGCCACCCAAAGCACAACCUUCCAAAAUCUCCAAACCAAAGUCCAAUUAUCUGUGGCCCAGACAGGUGGCCCACCAGAAGCGAAUGGCUUUCGCCAAUGGAAAGCUGGCCUAGUUGCAAGUAAUCAAACCUGGAGUGUCAUAGACCGUGGCCUUCAGCUGGUGCCCGUUUGGGACAUCAUCCUCUCCAACCACAGAAGUGAUUUUAAGGAUCCAUGUCAGGUGGCUUGCUUACUAAAAGAUAGCUACUCUGCUCUGACUGGACUCACUGCCCAGAUCCAGGAUGGAGAAGACUUACUGAGUGUUGGGAAGGAGGCUAGGGUUUUCCUAGAGGAUGUGAAAUCCUGGGAGGUAUCUAAUCCUGAAGAGCAGCUUAAAAAACUGAUAAAUUUCAUGCAAAUGUUGAGUCAAAACAAAAAUUAUGACACUUGGGUGAACAUAUGCCUCACAGAUGAGGGUCUGCAGAAUUUUCUGGUAAACACUGUUAACUUUUGCAAAACGUCUUCCAUUUAUGAAACUGCAUUUAUUAAAUCUCAGUUGCGCAGCCUUUUGGAUCCUCACAUCCGCAGAGUGAAUGACUUUCCUCAGGUUCAUUUCAUCAUGCAGUGGGUCUUCCCAUCAAAGUCAGUGCAAGAGCACAUAAGUAUCUCCCAAUUUUCUGAAUUAAUUGAAACCUUAAAGAAAAUCCACAAUGACCUCAAAGAAGCCAUGGCCAUAUCUGAGUCUGCAGAAACAGUGGAAGAAGCUAAAAGAAAGGCCACUUAUGAGGUCAGUUUGUCUCUCGGCUGCUUCUUGAAUUACCUUCAAGAAACAGAGCAGCCAGACACACAGCUCUUGCUACUUUCCAUUGCAGCUGGUGCAGGGUAUCAUGUGCUAAACAAUAAGUUUCAGUAUCUCCUGGGGUGUGAGGAGUUAGACUUCCUACUGGAUAAAAUGCAAACUGCCCAAGGUAAAUACCAGGAGCUCAAAAAUAUUUGCACAUACAGAGCCCAGGCAUUCCUAGUGAUCACAGGUCUGACAGCUACCAUCACAGCUGUUUCUCCAGAGGAGAAAACACAACGCUUGACAUUAAUAAAACAUCACAUGGGAAAAUCUUUGUCAAAAGAAGUUGUCCAUGUCCUCUCCAAACAAGGAGCAGAUUAUGAUUGGGAAAGCCUAGAGAAAGACUUGAGAUUGCUAAUUGAUGGUAACUAUGAUGCCACCAUCUCUUCAUUGCAAAUGGAUGAUAUAAGUAAAAACUUGCAAAGUAUUUUCCAUGAAAGGAAACAACCUCAUAAACCACAUGAGAAUGGUGAUAUCAAAGGAGAAGUCAUUAAAGAUACAGCCUUCUUAGAGUUACUCCGGCAUCUAGGCUUAGAACAUUUCUAUCCAAAAAAGAUGAGCAAAACUCACUUCCAUCUGAUCAACAAGACUUCUGUGUACAACAGCCAGCCCAGAUCUGAAAGUGAGCUUCACCAAUGUUUCCUUCAGAAGCUACAAGUGCUGGAUUAUGGGCUGAGAUACCUAGUCUUCAGAAAUGAUGAAAACACACAGAAUCAAGUCUAUCCAAGUGCCUCAAAUCAGGAAAAUGAGGCUUUUGAUCCAUAUGAAGACUUAUUUGAAGACAGUGAUACUAAUCCUUCAGAUACUAAUCCUAGGCCCCAUAUUCACCCUAUGGAUAUUCAGAUGGCAAUUCUUCACUGUGCAGAUGAUUUUGCCAGACAGUAUAUUUUGUCCAAACUUUCCAUUUGCCAGUUUGCACUCCCUCUUCUCAUACCUAAUCCCUGCAGUUCUCAAAUUGAAUUCUCUCUCUGGUCUCUCAGUCAAAUUAGAAGGAGCUGGCAGGAAGCAAGGAAAACACCAAGAGAGGAGAAGAUCAAUUACAAGAAUAAGCAGAUGUGUCAAGUCUCUACCCCCAUUGUGUCCUUUAUAAGAGUUGGAAAUGGCUUCUCUGCUUCCAAAUCUCAGAUCAUGAACUGUCUUCUCAGUAAACGUAAACAUGAUGUCUUUUUCCACCGACAUUGCAGAGGGAGCACCAAAGACUGUCUCUUGAUGGGGGGAGUGGUGGAAAUCUGCUGGUUCUGCCCUGGGGGAGAAGAUGAGGACAGAUUUGACAACUGCUUGACCUUCACCAAUCUUCAUGGAGAUGCGAAGGAACAUAAGAAGCAACUUACCUUUCUGCAGGAGGUCUCUUCUCUCAUUGUUGUUCUCAUGUCAACUUCUGACGACAAUAAAGAAAACAGAAAAAUUGUUUCUGAUCUGAGUCAGUCUCCAAGACCUUUGAUUUGUUUACUUGAUAAUAAAGAAAAUAACAUGACCAGUAAUUCUAAACAAAAAGUGAUCAUUGGUCUCAGGAACAGAAAUGAAGCAGAAUUAACAGAGGAGCUUGUUAGUACAAUUAGACGUUUACUGAAGCCCUCAGACACUCCUCACAGCUUACAGGACUGUGCCUCAACUGCUCGCAAGCAAGGAUUCCUUAUUGACGAAGACCAGAGAGAGUGCAAGGAUGCCAAAGACAAGGCAAAUGUCCUAAUGGCCCUACUGAAAGAAGUAAAUAUAUCUCAGGUGAAGGAAAAGUUACUGCCCCUUCAGGGACACCUGUGGCAUCUUUGGUGUAAAAAGGACAAAGAACUCUAUCAUCUAAGAGAAAAAGGGAAUCGAAGCAUUGAACAACACAAGAGUGAGAUUGAGACAGAAAAACGAAGAAUACGGGAUCAACAGUUGAGUAGAGCCUUUCCUCUCAAUGACUUGAUGCAUUCUGUCCUUGACAUUCUCCAAAAUCAUUCAGAAACUCCAUCCACACACUACUUUUUGCAAUGGCUGAGUGUGUUUUUGGACAACCUGACUGCAGGACACUUGGAAAAACUGAAUGAGAAGAGAAACAUUUUGUGGUCACGGAUACAAACAGAAAAGCAAAAGGCACCAAAGAGCCCUGACCUCCAACGCUGGCAAAGAGAGAUGGAAGCUACCUCUACACAGAUUAAUAACUGUACAUUGGGAAUUGACCAAUUUCUAAGAGAAGUUGGCCAGAUCUAUGAAGCUCUGGAAGAAGCUUCCCCCACUAAAAAUACCCUUUAUCUCUCCCUCCCCCAGAUUGCUGCAGAUCUGAUGAUAUCUGGUGUUCCCAUUGAGCUGAUGGACGGGGAUGCUUCAUAUGUGCCUCUAAAGUGGGUGGCAGCUCUUUUUGACAAGGUCUCUGAGAAACUUGGAAACAAACGGCUGUUUGUUCUCUCUGUCCUUGGCCUACAGAGCUCAGGGAAGUCCACUCUGCUGAAUGCACUUUUUGGGCUGCAGUUCACCGUCAGUGCUGGGAGGUGUACCCGGGGGGCUUACAUGCAGCUCCUGAAGGUUGAGGACACUUUCACAGAGGAACUGGGCUUUGACUUUGUGCUUGUUGUGGACACAGAAGGCCUUAGGGCCCCAGAACUCAGUAACAAAUCCAAAAAUCGUGACAAUGAGUUGGCAACCUUUGUCAUUGGACUUGGAAACUUGACUCUGAUCAAUAUUUUUGGAGAA